CGAAAAUCAUUGGAUAAAAACACUUUCAAAGGGCAAGGAAAUACACCAUAUGCAACAUACAUUUGUGAAGGGGAUUUCCAUCGACAUAUACUUUUAAAAAUACGGAAUAUAGUUUAAGAAAACGGCUGUAGUUUAAUCAGUAAGAUGUAUAGACCUAAUUUGAUGGUUUUUGUUUUAUAUUUUUCACUGGAAUGUAUUUGCCAGAGCCGAAGCGGUAAGUUGUGUACUCGAAUAUCAAAGUGAGAGUUUACAGCCAGGCGUGGCAAAAUAAUAAUAAAAAAUAAUACUUUUAAAAUCGCUUACCAUAUAUACUGCUGCGGACUAUUAGCAUAAUAGUCUACAUGUUUUAAUUGCAUUAUAGCAUUUGUAGUCGACCUUUUUAAGCGUUUCUCCAUCCAUUGUAUCGAUUACUGGAAAGCUAUUGCGCACUUACAGGCCAGCACAAGAACAAGAACACACAUAUUUUUACUUUGCUUGGAAUAACCAGGCAUAGCGUCAUCUACUUAUUUUUUAUUAUCACAAAGUAAAACAUGUGCAAAGAAGAUUUAAUAUGUUUGUAAUGUGUUUGCAAUUUUACAGUAGCCUAUAUACUGAUAAUGACUUCUGUAAUUUUACACAGGUUUGUUUAUUUGUUUAGCAGCAGCUACUCUUCCUGGGGCCCACAAACAAAACACAAGUCAUAACAAGUAACAAAACACUUAUACACUCACUGAUAGACAAGGACAGUCACACAAAUUUAAAAUACGAUAUACAAACAAUACAACAAUAUAUGAACAAAGGAAAGACAUAUGAUUUAUAUUCUUUAUGGUAGCGAAUCCGGGGGAUAGCCCCAACUGGUACUCAAACCUGGAUCAAGCGACUAUCAAGCCAACACCUUAAUCGUUACACCAAGAGGUCCGAACUUCUUGAUAAGGUCGGUAGGUGUUGGGUUAAGGUCAAUACAUUACCACCUUCCUUCAGGAGAUCGUGUCCCCACGCUUCUCUUUACCAAGUCCCUCUCCGAUGGGCUCACGGGCACCAUCCCACUUCUGACACCAGUGUAGCAAAUUCAUGGGGUAGUCUGGACCGGGACUCAAACCCAGUUCCAGUGACUGUCAAGCCAACACCUUAACCAUUAUACCAAGAGGUCCGAAGCUGUCACUAGGUGUUGGGUUAAAGGGAUAGUUCAGGAUUUUGUCAAUUAAUCCCUUUAUCUACUUUCCCAGCAUCAGGUGAACUCGUGGGUACCAUUUUUAGGUAUCUGCGCCCAGUAGGAAGUAAGUUACAGGUACUUUCGAGAGCCAAUGCUAACUAGCUGUACCCAUAGACUUUUAGUCAUUGCGCUAACGCUAGUUAGCAAUAGCAGUAACGCUAGUUAGCAUUGGCUUGUGAAACUACCGCUAACUUCAUACUGGACACAGAGGAAUAAAAAUGGUAUCCUUGAGUUCAUCUGACUCUUGGGAAGUAGAUAAAGGGCCUCAUGUGUCCCACUUUUCACUAAUGCACUAGUGUGGGCUUAUUUGUUAUUUAUAUGUUACCUAACAUUUAGACAACAUCAUGCAAGGUCUCUUUGACACUAUUAAUUGAAUACAUUAUUUUGUUGGCCGUUACAGACCUACAGUGUGAUAGAGAUAAAUAUUUGACAUACAGUAAUUUCCUGUUAAUGUUUUACAGCGUUGUCUGAGUAACAUGGAGAGAAGUUAAAUUCAGACAAAUGAUCUCAAUGUUUAAAUGUUUUCCCCUACAGCCAUCUACUCCCUGAAUUACAUCUACACUGCCCUGUCAAAGCCAGUAGAAUUGCCUGGUAUCCAUGAGUUCACUGCCAUGGGCCUGAUGAAUAACAAACAGAUCGACUACUAUGACAGUGUGGCAAAGAAGAAGAUUCCCAAACAGGACUGGAUGAGGGAGAAGCUGCCUGCAGACUACUGGGAAAAAGGCACUCAGUCACGCAAGAGCAAGGAGCAGUGGUUCAAAGUUAACGUCAACAUCCUGAUGGACCGCAUGAAGCACAACAACACUGGUGAGGGACCACACCUGAAAUGUGUCCUACGCUCACCGUUAAUCUUUUAAAAUUGUGGGUCAUUAGUUAUCUAUGUAUAUUGCCAUAGAGGCAUCAUUCACCUUCUUUUUCAUUGUUUAUUUUUUGUUUCAGAUGUCCAUAUCCUUCAGUGGAAGCAUGGCUGUGAGAUUGACCAACAGCCAGACGGCACAUUGACAUUCAUAAAGGGCAUUGACCAAUACAGCUACGAUGGUGACGACUUCCUGGCCUUCGAUGAUGCCACUAUGCAGUGGGUGGCCCCAGUUGAUCAAGCUCUGCCGACUAAGAGGAAGUGGGACGGGGUGCAGAUCCUCAACCAGUACACCAAGGGCUACCUGGAGAAGGAGUGUGUGGACUGGCUGUCUAAAUUCAUGGAAUAUGAGGAGAAAGAAUUUAGUAGUGCUGAUUGUGAGUACUUAUGAACCUUAAAUAGUAUAGCCUAACAAAUGGUUAACAAAAAACGACCAUUUGUAAAUGUGAGAUCAGAAAUAAUAUUAAUGUUCUCCAUUUAUUCCCUCUUUAGCCCCUCCAAAGGUAUAUGCAUUUGCUAAAAAGGCCCAAAUUGCAGGACAUGUCCGACUGACCUGCAUGGCCACAGGGUUCUAUCCCAAAGAUGUGGUUAUGCAUAUUAAGAAGAAUGGGGUCCAAUUGACCAAACAUGAUGGAGUGCUGUCUACAGGAGUCCUACCCAAUGAUGAUGACACCUACCAGAUCAGGAUGAGUGUGCAUGUCCCAGAGGCAGAUAAGGAAACUUAUGAAUGCUAUGUCAACCAUGACACUUUGAAGGAGCCAAUUGUGGAAAAAUGGGGUAAAGUAUGGUUCAUUUGGUUUAAUGUUAUUGACACGGGAAACAAUCAUAAAUUGCAUACUAACAACAGCUUACUAAACAGCAUACUAACAACAGCUUUGCAAGUGAAGCAGGAACAAAACUGAAAUCAGCUUCUUGUUACAUAUUGUUGCUUUUUAUAAAUACUAUGCAUUUUGUUUUGCAGAUGGAAAAUGUUGUGACUGUGGAAGUGUUGUUGGUGGAGUCAUUGCGGCAGUCAUCCCCAUUAUUGUAGUUCUGAUCUUGGUUGGCGUGUUUGUUCUGCACAGAAGAGGGACAAUUGGUAGGUCUUGAUUUUUAUCAUUCAAUGUUUUUGUUGUUGUUAAAUGUUAAGAAAAGUUUCAUCUAAGGUACUACUAUGAAAGGGGGGCACUACGGCCAAAAUGCAUAUGAAUUAUAACAUUUAUAUUUAUUUUUCUCUUUAUCCAUCAUAGUGAUUCCUUGCUUGAGAACUACAGGUUAGUAUCACAGCCUCUCCCUCGGUCUAUAUACAGUGCAUUCGGAAAGUAUUCAGACCCCUUGACCUUUUCAACAUUUUGUUACGUUACAGCCUUAUUCUAAAAUGGAUUACAUCUAUUUUUUUCUCCUCUUCAAUCAACACACAAUACACCAUAAUGACAUAGCAAAAACUGGUUUUUAGACAUUUCUGCAAAUUUAUGACAAAUUAAAAACUGAAAUAUGACAUUUACAUAAGUAUUCAGACACUUGACUCAGUACUUUGUUGAAUCACCUUUGGCAGCAAUUACAGCCUCGAUUCUUCUUGGGUAUGACGCUAUAAGCUUGGCACACCUGUAUUUGGGGAGUUUCUCCCGUUCUUCUCUGCAGAUCCUCUCAUGCACUUGUCAGGUUGGAUAGGGAGCGUCGCUGCACAGUUAUUUUCAGGCUUCUCCAGAGAUGUUCGAUCAGGUUCAAGUCCGGACUCUGGCUGGGCCACUCAAGGACAUUAAGAGACUUGUCCCGAAGCCAGUCCUGCGUUGUCUUGGCUGUGUGCUUAGGGUUGUUGUCCUGUUGGAAGGUGAACGUUUACCUCAGCCUGAGGUCCUGAGUGCUCUGGAGCAGGUUUUCAUCAAGGAUCUCUCUGUGCAUUGCUCCGUUCAUCUUUCCAUCAAUCCUGACUAGUCUCCCAGUCGCUUAAAAACAUCCCCACAGCAUGACGCUGCCACCACCAUGCUUCACCGUAGGGAUGGUGCCAGAUUUCCUCCAGAAGUGAGGCUUGGCAUUCAGGCCAAAUAGUUCAAUCUUGGUUUCAUCAGACCAGAGUAUCUUGUUUCUCAUGGUCUGAGAGUCCUUUAAGUGCCUUUUGGCAAACUCCAAGCGGGCUGUCAUGUACCUUUUACUGAGAAGUGGAUUUACUAAGGAGUGGCUUUUACUGAGGAGUGGCUACUCUACCAUAAAGGCCUGAUUUGGUGGAGUGCUGCGGAGAUGAUUGUCCUUCUGGAAGGUUCUCCCAUCUCCACAGAGGAACUCUGGAGCUCUGUCAUAGUGACCAUCAGGUUCUUGGUCACCUCCUUAACCAAGGCCCUUCUCCCCUGAUUGCUCAGUUUGGCCAAGCGGCCAGCUCUAGGUAGAGUCAUGUUGGUUCCAAACUUCUUCCAUUUAAGAAUGAUGGAGGCCACUGUGUUCUUGGGGACCUUCAAUGCUGCAGACAUUUUUUGGUACCCUUCCCCAGGACAAGUCCUUCGACGUCAUGGCUUGGUUUUUGCUCUGACAUGCACUGUCACCAGUGGGACCUUAUAUAGACAGGUGUGUGCCUUUCCAAAUCAUGUCCAAUCAAUUGAAUUUACCACAGGUGGACUCCAAUCAAGUUGUAGAAACAUCUCAAGGAUGAUUAAUAGAAACAGGAUGCACCUGAGCUCUAUUUCAAAUAUUUUUUAAAUUUUUUGCAAAAUUUUCUAAAAACCUGUUUUGGCUUUUUCAUUAUGGGGUAUUGUGUGUAGAUUGAUGAGAAAAAAAUAUAAUUUAAUCAAUUUUAUAAGUCUGUAACGGAACAAAAUGUGGAAAAAAGGAAGGGGUCUGAAUACUUUCCGAAUGGACUGUACAUGUCAUUUAUCAGCAUAAUGGUUGAAUGUUACAUAUAACAUACUUUUGACAUUAGUUAUAAAGACAACAUGAUGCUUUUAUAUCAGAACAACAAUCUGGCCAUCGAACUUAAAAGGUGUUCUAUGUAACAAUCAAUACUGUUUAGAUUUCCCUUUGGGUUUUGAUAAGUACUCAUUUAUUCUGAACUUGUCUGAAACACUUUAGUCAUUCAUUCAACUACAUGAUCUUCUUGUACUGAAACUUUACUUUACUGAAACAGAUAUUUUAGUAAUAUCUGGAAUGAAAUGAGUGACUGUUUUCUCAUUUUUAUUAGCAAAAGAUGUUGAAAGCAGAACCUCAUCAGACUCUGGAAAUCUAAUAUUCCCUUGACCCAUAAUAAAUAUAAAAUAAAAUACAUUAAGCAGACACUUUUAUCCAAAGUGACUUAGUCGUGUGUCCAUACUUAAUAUCAAUCAAAGACUUAGAUUGUAUUUGUUGACUAAUUAUUUUGAGACUGUAGAAAGACAGUUUUGCUCUGCCACUAUUUCAGGUAAAGGCAGCCAGAAUGAAGGGUCCUCAGACAGAGGCAGUGGGGAGGAUGUUCAGAAGUCAAUGCUGCCUAAUGGAAGUAAGUCUAGAUGGAUAUCAACCCUUCUGUCAUCUCUUCUCCAACUUGCAAUUUGGAUGGUUUAAUAAUUCAGUGAUAUCCAACCCAAGUAUUAUAGGGUUCUUCUGGUUCCUCUAAUAUUAAAAUGUUGCUUGUUUAUUACCAAAAUAAUUUCCUAACGAGUAAUUAUGGAGAAAGCAUAAAAUAAGUGUGAAUUUAAUGCUGCUUUGGUUUUGCCAUAUAGAAUUGGUUAAUUUAAUGUAAUAAAUACAUUUCCUUUGUUGGUUCUACAAAGUUUGCAUUUAUCGAUAAAUCGACAGUUUAGAACAUAAGGAACAUCACUUUCAAAAUGUCACGGACAACACUUUGUUUUAUCAUCAAAAGAUAAAGUUAAAGAUCCUAACUGGUUGGUUAAUGUGAGGCAAAACCAUAGGCGGUAUCUGACACCAUCUGUUUGUAAUUAAAGCUGAGACAUGUCAGUUAUUGUAAUGGGUAAUAUUUUACAACAUUGCACUGUAAGGUAUGUGUUCGAUCUAAUAAUCCACAUCUUUUCCAUGUUGUCUAUUUAUGUGCAGGUGUC